CUGGAGACAGGUUGCAAAACAGAGUUUGCAUACUUGGGAAAUUGACUCAGAAGGAGCUUGGUUGAUAGCGUGCCUGUAAGAGGAGGUUUGUUUUAUGAUUAAGGGUGUGUCUAUUUGCUGUGUUUGAAAUUAAUACCGACAAAAUGUUGAAGCAGUGACUUUUCAACAGCUGAGUUAUGUGAAAAGCUGCUGUGACUUUGAUUUGCUUCCUGGUCAGGUCAUGACCACCGUUUAGUUGUAAAGAGCUAUGAUAGAAAGAUCCUGGGGGGGCUUGUUUGUUUGAACUCUUGGGGUAAAAUUAGUAUCUUCCUACUUACUGCUGUAAUUGGAGUGGAGCAAUUCCUGUGCUGCUUGGGCUGUUGGAAGAUCCCCAUUCAGAAUUCCCAGGCAGCAUGUGGUCAGUGCAGGUCUUCUCCCAUGUAAGAUGGCCAGUUUUUCUGUCUGCUCUGCAGCUGAGCACCUGGGCGUGGACACUUGAUCGUUUUCUUCUUUCUGCCCUUAGGAACUGUUUGUUUGGGUUAUGUGCUGUUGGGUAAGAAAACUAAAUUUUGUUAUAAAUCAGGGUAUUCCCGGUUAGAUUGCGUGCAGUUGUGUGACCAGAUGACACAGUCAUCUGGGUAGCAGAACAAUGGGCAGGAGGGGGUGGCAGGGAUGAGUGGGUGGAUCUGAAGGUUGGUGCAGCUCAGCUCAGAUGGGUGAGCUUUUCAGACGCUUCAUGGCCGGAAGGAGAACAGGGAGACUGCAGCGGCAGAGGUCAUACAAGAUGUGUCAGUACAAGUACAACAUCCCAGCUUAUUACACUAAUGCUUGUCUUCACCACUAUGACAGAAGUAGUCACUGAUAAACCUGCACCAGUGCAGAUAAUACAGUCAUUAAGUCUUCCUGAAACAAAUGUACUGUAGACCCUGAUGUAAUCUGCUAUGAAUUGUUUGACAUGAGAUGCAUGGACAUAUUUUCUGUUUUAUAAUACUGAAUUUUAUUCGCACUUGAUUUUGUUUUUUCUACUGUAGAUGAGUCUUGAGCAGAUCUGUGUUAGCUGAGGAGUUUCUGGAAGAUUGUCCUGCUGAUAUUUGUAAAAUAAAUUUAAAAAUCUGAGUAGACUUUUGAAGCAAGUAGGAUUUAAGAUACCUAAGGAUGAAAAUGGAAGUCUGUAAAAAAAAAAAAAAAGAAAAAAAUGGUGCUAGUAAAAUAGCAUAAUAUGAAAAACAGAACUUAUAUUUGAAACUAAACUAUGACUUCUAACAGCUGGUCUUCCAAACUAUUUAAAUUGAAUUCUUUGAUUAUGGAAAUGCACAUCAUAUUUAUGUAUCUCAUAGCUGUGUAGGUUGUAACAGAGAAUUACAGCACAGUGACUUCUGAUACUGUGCUUUCUAUUUUGGUUUUAGUAUUUGAAAUAGAAUAUUAUCGGGUCAGUUCAGUUAGUAUGAGUUGUUAUGACUCAGUGAAAUGUUGUAGUACCAUGGUAUGUUUUAUGGCUUGAUUUGUGAUCCUUCAUCAUCUGCCACUUCAGGAAUCUAGUCUGCACUGACCACUCUUGGGAAUCCUUGCUCGGCUGAUAAACAGUGUGCACAUGUCUAGACAUCUCUCAAAGUUUCUUUUUGUUGGCAGAAUGAAGAAUGGAAGCCACUUAAAGCACUCAACUGUUUCAUUAUUUAAAUUAUUAUGAAAAACUGAUUCUAAGGUCAGAGCCAUAGAAUUAUUUUAAAUUCAAAAUGAAGCUUGGGAUGAGAGUUUUUGAUAAAUUGUGGGUGUAUGUGACAGAGAUGAUGAACAACGUCUUAUAAAAUGCAACUAGUAAUAACAAUUAACAGUUCAUAGCUGAGUCUCUGGGUAGUGAUUUACCCCAACAGGAUCUUUCUUUCCUUGACUAAAUUAACUGUGUUAUAGAGAAACUUUGGAAUCUUGCAAUUUUUUUACUGAUAAUUUGCUAUAAUCUCAAUUUUUCCUAAGUAUUUACUCAUACACGAGGAGGAAAAGUGUCUUGGUCAACAGAAAACUGUAAAAUCCAAAGCUAACAUUUUCUUUCCAUUCCAUAUUUUUCUUAUUUUACAAGUGAUCUUAACAUUUUUGCUCAACAAAUUGUUUCUAAUUAUAUCUGGGAAGCAAUAAAAUAUUCUGUAAUGUCUUCUACUAGAAAAAUCAGCUAUAAAUGCUGAUUUUAGAAAUGGUCUGCUAGAUAUAGUGUACUGUAAUAUACUUGCAAACUAGAUGCCCCUCCUCCCCACAUAUUUAAUAUUAUCAUGCCUGCAGUAUGUUUACUGCUUGUGGAUAAAAAAGGUAUAUUGACAUGCUUCUUAUUUGUGGCAAAUAUUUGUGUUUUGGCCGUCAUAGGUGCUGGUAAAGUGCGUCAGGGGACACAUGACAGGGGAAUGGCCUCUGCCUUGAUUUCUUAGGUCCAUCUGCCCACUAAAUCAGAAGGCUGAAAGAGAUAUCCCUGUGAUAAUCAGAUGUGUGGGCUAUGAGUGUCCUGUGUACUCCAAGGGGACAGGCAUAGAAGAAGCCCCAAGGGAGGUGGUGGGCAAUGGAGGCUUUUGAUCUGGAUGGAAGGACACAAUUACCGAUGGUUGAGUUUUGCAGGACAUGAACUUGAUUGACAUCCUUUGGAGGCAAGAUAUAGACCUUGGGGCAAGACGUGAAGUUUUUGAUUUUAGUCAACGACAGAAGGAGUAUGAGCUUGAAAAACAGAAGAAACUUGAAAAGGAAAGACAAGAACAGCUGCAAAAAGAGCGGGAGAAAGCUUUGCUGGCUCAGCUGGAGUUAGAUGAAGAGACAGGUGAAUUUGUUCCUGUGCAGCCAGCUCAGUGCAUUCAGUCAGAAAAUACUGAGCCACCAGUUGUUUUUUCACAGACCACAGAGCCUUCAAAACCAGAAGCAGAGGCCUUGUCCUUUGAUGACUGCAUGCAGCUCUUGGCAGAAGCAUUCCUGUUUAUAGAUGAGAAUGAGGUUUCUUCAGCUGCAUUUCAGUCAUCAGUUCCUGCUCAGAUUGAUAGCAACACAGCCUUCGUUUCCUCUGAUCAGACUCAGCCACCUGAAUCACCUGAUCUAGUUCCACCCACUGAUGCAGAGAAUAUGCAGAACAUAGAGCAAGUUUGGGAAGAAUUAUUGUCCCUUCCGGAGUUACAGUGUCUUAACAUUGAAAAUGAUAACCUGGCUGAGGUGAGCACAAUCACCAGCCCUGAAGCCAAGCCAGCAGAGAUGCACAACAGCUAUAAUUACUGCAGCUCAUUACCUGUGAUGAAAAAGGAUGUUAACUGUGGUCCAGAUUUCUUGGAUAGUAUUGAGGGCCCCUUUUCCGGCAUUUUGCCACCAGAAGACACCAGCCAGCUGAGUGUGAACUCUUUAAAUGACACGUCCCCUUCAAACUCUGAUUUCUGUGAGGAUUUCUACACCACCUUUAUCAAUACAAAGGCAAACGGUGAUGCAGCAACGACAAACACUAUCAGUCAAUCCCUUGCAGAGGUUCUGAGUGAACCUAUUGAUCUUUCUGACUUCUCACUGUGUAAAGCUUUUAAUGGCAACCUCUCAAGGACCGGACCAGAAUGUAAUGACUCCGACUCUGGUAUUUCACUGAAUGCAAGUUCUAGUAUAGCAUCACCUGAACACUCUGUGGAAUCAUCUGCCUAUGGAGAUAAGACUUUGGGUUGUAGUGAUUCUGAAAUGGAAGACACGGGUAGUGCUCCUGGAAGUGUGCUGCAGAGCAAUGCUAGUGUGCACUCUAUGCAAUUCCAGGAUCAAGUGUUUCCUUCCAUGGGGCCAAACACUCAAACAACAAGUUUGCCAUGUACAAACACACCAAAGAAAGAACCCCCUGCUGCUCCUGGCCACCCCAAAGUUCCUUUCACAAAAGAUAAACCUUCAAGCCGCCUUGAAGCUCACCUCACAAGAGAUGAGCAAAGAGCAAAAGCUCUGCAGAUCCCUUUUCCUGUUGAAAAAAUUAUCAAUCUCCCUGUUGAGGACUUCAAUGAAAUGAUGUCUAAGGAGCAGUUCAACGAAGCCCAGCUCACACUUAUUCGAGAUAUACGGAGGAGAGGCAAGAACAAAGUGGCUGCUCAAAAUUGCCGUAAAAGAAAACUGGAAAAUAUAGUGGAACUGACACAAGACUUGACUCACUUAAAAGAUGAGAAAGAGAAAUUGCUUAAGGAGAAAGGAGAGCAUGACAGGAGCCUCCGUCAAAUAAAAAAGCAACUAACCACCUUAUACCUCGAGGUCUUCAGCAUGCUGCGUGAUGAGGACGGAAAGCCUUACUCUCCUAGUGAAUAUUCACUGCAGCAAACUAGAGAUGGCAAUGUCUUUCUUGUUCCUAAGAGCAAGAAGUCAGGGACUAAACUCUGAAGGCAGUACAGCUGGCUACUGUUCUUUACUAUUUUUAUAUCGUUACCCUGAUAGUUUUUACUGCGAGGUGGAAUGCAGAAUUAGGUAAUAAUUUUCAAGUAAGUCUAUGCAAUGAUAAUUUUAAAGUUGUUAAUUAGUUUAUGGAAGAUGCAAGUGGAAAAUGAAUAGUGUAAUGCAGAUGGAUGUAUGCAAAAUUUGUAAUCUCACUUUUAUAACAGAUGUUUCCUUCCUAUAGCACCACUUUUGACUAGUUUCCGUAUAUAUGUAAAUAUUUAAAGAUGGCAUAUUUAUAUACUGUUCCUAUCUAUUGUUAUAUUCAUAGAUUUAUUUGAUAUAUAUAUAAAUGAUUUUAGCCUUCUAAAUAUAAUUUCUUGCAAGACAAACAGGUUGGCUUCUGAUACUUUUUUAUAAAUAUGCAAUAGUGUGUUUCACACUUUUCUUACACAUUUAUACUUGCUUUAUAUUUAAUAUAUUAUUUCAAUUUAGUAUAAAAGUUGGCACAGUGUUUGAUUUUGCUUUAUCAGUUCAUUAAACUUUUUAAACUCUACUUCAUGCAUGUUUAUUUCCCUAAAGAAGAGAAAUCCUCACUAGUUUUCCAAGGCUAAGUCUUCAUGUAGCAGAUAUGCAUAAUAACCAAUUGCACGGCCUUGUCAGCAUUACUAAUGCUUCAUCCAGCGUAAUUUUAACUAUCAUUUGGAAAGAUCAUGUAACACAAAGUUUCAAGUCUCCGCUAAGUUUACAUUUUUGUUUUGCUCUUUGAACACUACUUAAAUUUGUGAAAUCUUCCCUCCAAAGGCAUUUAAAAUCUGUUAAGACAUUGUCAGCAUUAUGCCUUUUUCCAACUGAAAUCUCUGUACACUUUAGAGUAAUUCUUCUAGAAAUACACUCUUGUGUCUCCGACUUCAAUCAACGAGCAUCACUUGUCCCUGCUGUUACUUUGGUGCUUAAGUAAAACACCAUACUAGCUGCCAGGCAACUGCACUGUUUGGAAUCUGCUCAAUGAAUUGAAAAGUGUUGUGGAGUUUAAAUUAUGAUUUAUAAAAUAAUAAAAAUUGGGCAAACGAA